UAAGUACGUAGAGUACGAAUCUUGCAUCUUCAUGCUGGACCGCCACUUGUCUUCCCAACAGCACACGUUGCGCCGUCUGCAGCUUCGCACGUACCCACAACCUGUCCACCAACCGCCCAAACCUAUCUCGGUUCCUCCCACUGCCGCUGCUCCUCUCACUUUUCCUGCGUCGGUUUGCUCAAUCCAUCGAUCGUUUCGUCCACCAAUGGGGAGACCAAAAGCCGUCUCCGACGCACUCCACAUCAAGAACAAGCCCAUACUCAAACGUCGCAGCAGAAGGAAACAACUGACGACAGCGUUCAAGAAAGUCUUCAACUACAUGAAAUCAGACACCUACAUGUUUGCGCCUCUCGCUUAUCCUCAACCUCGUCACACCUCUUCAUCUGUUUCUUUUGAUGGUGAAGUGGUAUCAUUUGAACCCAUCAAGGGGAAGGAGAAGGAAUUGGUGAAGGAUGUUGAGGAAUAUUUGAGAUGUGAUUGCUACAUGUAUUCUCCAUUGUUUCUGGAUUCUGAUUCUCGUAUUGUCGGGGUUGGCGGUAGAAGAAAGGGAGACAUUGGAACUACUGUCUGUGAUGAAAUUGAACCGGCAGUGGAGGAAAGAAGAAGACAAGAUCAAGACAGCACGAACAGCUUGGGAGAGACUGACGAUACCUAUAAUCCUGUGAGGCGAAUUGCUGUUAGACACAUCAUGCUUCGAAAGGAAAAUUUGAAGCAUGUGGUUAAACGUAACUGUCGCCCUUCGUCUUCGGCAGGAAAGGUGCCAUCACAGAAAGACUCCCGUAAAAUCACGGUGGAGUAAACUUGCUGAUAGCGCGUUGCACAACUAACUUAGAUGGAGGUGGUUGGAGAACCUUCGAACUCGUCAUCUUCGGGAACUCUUGACGAUGGGUUUGUUGUUACCAACGUUCUGUACUUCGUUUGAACUAAGGAAUCAUAGUCUUGAUUCCUUUUCAACCAUGGUUGCUUCAUGUAUUCGAUCGGAUAUUCCAUGACACACGGAGUAAUCUUUGUUUAUAUGCACGGUGCUCUUGUGUACGUAUAAUCGGGCUCAUUUAUUGAUUUUUCUUUUU